CUGCAUCAGAUAAGCCCGGCUGAGGAAAUUACCACAAGGCUGCUGACGAAAAAGCCCCCCUCCCUCCUCCCUCCCCUCCUCUCCCAGUUCCCCCCACUACCGAGGCUGGCUUGAAUAGCCCGUAGGAAGGAGGGCUCGUGCAGCAGUGGAGACGCGCGUGCUGACACACACGGAGCAGACGCCGAGCGCUCAUGGAGGAAGAGAGCAGCAGCCGCCGCCGCCGCUGAGCCAGCGCCGCACCGCCGGAGUACCGCGCAUCCCCGGAGCUCGCCGCCGCUCGGCACAGACCCUCUCCUCCUCCUCCUCCUCCUCCUUCUCCAGCGCUGCCUCCUUUUCGCCGGCUACGAAAGGCGGCAUGUUCUGCUUCUGCUUCCAGAGCUCGCUCCUGAAGCUGCAGGCGCUGGAGGUGGACAUGUGCUCCCCGCUGGGACCCCCGCCGGAGGACGCCGUCCCGCCGCCGGGCGCCCCGGAGCCCUGCCCGCCCCCCUCUCUCAGCGGAGACGAGGACAGCCCCGCAGCAGAAAACAGGCCUGUCCAGCGCUCCCCGGCCCAGGAGGGUGGGGGGACGGACGGCCCGCAGUCUCCAGGGCCCAGCCGGCUCCUGCACCACAUCACGGACGGGGACAGCCCCCUGCCCUCCCCGCGCUGCGCCAGCUUCAGCCAGAGCCAGCGCUUCAACAGCGACACGGAGGCGGCGCCAUCGCCCCCCUGCUCCCAGCAGUUCAUCAUGGCUAGAGGCAUUGUGAGAACAGAGCCUGCAGGGGGCGCCAAAGACACACUGUCAAUCCCCCUUCUCACCAAACACAUACAGACCGUGAAGAGAAAAAUCCGAAAAUUUGAGGAGAGAUUUGAGCAGGAGAGGAAAUACAGGCCCUCUCAUAAUGACAAGACGGCAAAUCCAGAGAUGUUCAGACUAAUGAAUGAGCUGGCCAAGUCUCGGAAGCAGCUUAAAGAUCUGAAGCUGAAACAGUCUGUAGACGAGCUUCGGGAUGACCGAAGGAUCGCACUCACUGAAAUAUGCAGAUACAACAAUGACCAGCAGGGAGCGACAGAGCCACAGCAUAAACCCUGCUUGGAGGAGACAGUCGACGCCCUGCUGAAGAGAUUGCGGGAAAAGCGACAGGCACUCGGUCUCCCAGACAACAUGAAGGAAAUGACUCAAAACCAGAUGGUCCUGGAGAAAAUUACUCUGCAGAAGUGUCUGUUGUACUUUGAGAGCCUGCAUGGUCGCCCAGGCACAAAACAGGAGAGGAACCUGGUAAAGCCCUUGUAUGACAGAUACCAAAUGAUCAAACAGCUGCUGUGUGCCUCCCCCUCCAUCACCACAAUAGAGGAAGAGGACGACUCCGACGAAGACUGCGCGCAGCGCCGCCUGGCCCUGUCCUGCCUGGCGACGUCCCCGGUGGCCCCGGACGAGCCCCCGUGUCCACAGGAGGAGGACAGCGACACGGCCUUCGUGUCGCCGCUGGACGAGGUCAAAGCGGUCCGCCAGCCCGCCAUCACCAUGUCCAACCUGCACGAGGCGUCCAGGCCGGAGCUGUUGGAGUGUCUCAGAGAAACCAGGGUGGAGAAGAGACGCCGACGCAAAGCCCUCCGAGAGUUCGAGGAGCAGUUCUUCAAACAGAUGGGGAGGACUGCACAAAAAGACGACCGCAUUCCCAUGGCCGAGGAGUACCACGAGUACAAGAAUCUAAAAGCUAAGCUCAGAUUACUGGAAGUCCUUCUCAGUAAACAAGAAACCUCCAAGGCUAUCUGAGAGAAAACCCUUUCCGUUUGUAUCUAUUUAUUUAUUUAUUUAUUUUUUAUUUUUCAAAGGAACUGCUAGGACAUGAACUGGAGUGUUUCAUAUUGGACAUUGUUGUGCCAUACUGACACUUUUAUGCACUUUAAUAACCAUCAUCUUGGUCUACACAGUAAUGAGAUGGCAAGCUAUUCAGCUGUUGCUAUACAACCCCAAAAUGCCCCUUGCCCUUUGUGACACAAAUGCAACGCACUGCACUAUGUAGCAACCAUUGUUAAGUGCUACUCUAUUUGAAAGUCCAGAGAAAGAGCUGAUGUUUGUGUGAAAAAAUGUAUACACUUCUAUGCUAAAAUAUGGCACUUUAUUGUUACUAUAUAUAUAUUUUUUAAAUCAAAACCAAAAUAACAUGCAGCUUUAUCAGAUCUGGUCGUAAUUCAAAAGGUGUCUAAUUCUAGUAUCAUUAAGUAGUACUGACUUUAAAUUGAUAAUAUUGAAAAGACAAUAUGCAAAUGCUCAGAUUUGCAACUCUACCAUAGAAAAUUGUUUUCUUCCCCAAUGCUAUUCAAAUUUAUAAGCUCUUAGCACACCAAUUAAGUCUUUCCAGAAAAUAAGCACUUUCCAUAACAUCAAUUGGUGCCGGUAUUGAAUUCUCCUUAUCGACUAGUAAUGGCCUCAAGAAAAUAAAUAUGUCAUUUGGAACGAAGACCAAAUAAUGAGUCGUAUAAAGAUAUACAACCUGAAAA